AUGUUGCUCUUCCCUCGGCCUUCGGCACUAAAGGACAUAUACGGUGACCCUUCAAUGAACCUGAAGUCGGAAUUAUAUGGAACUGGCGCUCUCGGUCCUCCAGCCCUCUUCAGUACUCGCGAUGGAAAGACUCAUCAAUUGUUGCGCAAGGCCCUGGGUGGAAGUCAGUGGUCAAUCGGCUUCUUGAAAAAGACCUGGGAAGACCGAAUCGACGAUCAGGUCAAUCUCUUUGUGGAACAAAUGGCCAAGCUGGCCGACGGUUGUCGUGAUAUAGUGCUAUCCGACAAGGUCGCGGAAUUUGCCGCAGACAUUAUUACCAUGGUCUCCUUCACUCAGCCAUGGGGAUUUGUUCGUAAUGGCCGUGACGAACGUGGUCUUCUCGAGUCUUGGCGUAUCGGUCUCCCAUUCUUUGGUCUUGCUGGUCGGUGGCGAUGGUUUCGACAAAACAUCAUUGCCAAUGACGCAUUGGCAAAGUUCUUUCUCCCUAAAAUGAGCGACAAAAAGGGCAUGGGUUACCUCUAUGUACAAGCUGAUCGGGAAGUAUCAAGCAGGGAGAGGAAGAUGCAGGAAGAGGGAGGAAGCUUCCUGGAGCGACCUGACUAUUUACAGUACUGCGUGGAGGCCCGCGAUGCAAUUACGGGCCAGAAUCUGACUCCGAUUCAGAAAAGAGCUCAUGUGACUCUCUUGAUCCAAGCAGGGGCUGACACUACUGCAACGGCUCUGGGAAGCACGCUACGCUUCCUAUUGAUGCAUCCCAGGGUUCUGGAAAAGGUGAAAGCCGAAGUUGACACGGCGGAUGCGGCAGGAAAGCUCAGCAAUCCCAUAGCGUACGAAGAGUCCCGACAGCUUCUACCAUACUUUGGAGCAUGUAUAAAAGAGUCGUUGCGGCUGAACCCACCAGCACCAAAUCUUUUUGCGCGCGUCGUUCCUCCAGAUGGCAAGACUAUUGAUGGAGUGUUUGUGCCAGGACAUACAGAAGUCACGUCUGUUUCGUACAUAGUCCAAAGGGACCCGGUACUUUACUCUCCAGAUCCAGAGGCAUAUCGCCCAGAACGGUGGGUUGAACAAGACGCGGAUAAAUUAUCAGAAAUGGAGGCUAGCCAAUUCGUUUUUGGUACUGGACCAAGGGUUUGCCUGGGAAAGGAUAUUGCCACGAUGGAAUUAUGGAAACUUCUGCCUCAGAUUAUUCGCUCUUUUGAUAUUCAACUGGUUGAGAAGGGAUCAUAUAUUGUUGCAGGCGGCGUAGCGUAUAAUCAAGGAUUGAUUGCAAGACUGACAUUGAGGGCUCAAGCAGGAAAAUAA